CUACUAGUACUGGAAAGGGGGCGAACAUCCUCUCGCUCCAAUUUCUAGAGUCGAGGAAUCGACUUAGAGGCGCCCCCGCCCCGUCCAGAUCCGGAACCGGGUCGACCCAUCUACUGGCACGGCACUCCCAGAGUCACAUCCUCUGGGCUGUAUAGGCACAACAAACACGGAUACCGUGCGACGAACAAAAACACAACAAAGUUACACUUUAUUACUUUACGCGCCGUGAUUCGGGGGGAAAGUGUUGGUAUCACUAUGAGUAGCAGUGACGAAGCCGAGUUUCGAGACGAUGUGCUUGUAUCGAGUGAACAUGCGAAGGGAAGCCUGCACGACGACGAUGACGACGACAUGCCACUCGCCAAUCUCCUAAACAGUCGCAAACGCAGUUCCACUCGUACAGUCUCCUACGCCGACGAUGACGAAGACGACGACAGUGAAGACGAUGUCCCGCUGGCGUCGCUCGCCAAAAGAAAGCCAACGGUGACCUCCAAGCACACCAACGGAUCCGUUCCCAAGUCCAAGGUCGCCACUCCGAAGAAGAAAAAGGUCGCUUCAGCAACCACGUCAUCCGUAAAGAAAAAGAAACUGAACAAAAGUACGAGUACCGUUUCGAACAGUAGCAAUGCCGAUAAAACCUACGAAUCGGCCUCCGCCGCACUCUACGGGACACAGUGUGACAAGGGAUUACUCAUACAACGAUUGUUGUGCCGCUGGUGGUACGCCAUGACGUGGCCCGAUCCGGCAACCUUGCCCGUCCGCCCACCGAAACGAUUCGACGCACUCGACGGGUUUACGGGAGUCUACGUCUGUACUGAAGGUGACAAGGUCGGGCAAAUCCGAGACCUACGUGACAAGACAACCUGUCCCAGUUUUCAAAUUUUUGUGCGCAAAGACGCGGAAGAGUUACGACAAUUGUUGCUCAAGGCACUCGAGGAACAAAGGGCACAGCUAGUGGCGAAAGAGGGUUCGGGAACACCCACGGAAAAAGAAAUCGACCAACUCGUCAAGUGGGCCAAAAAGGUUAACACAACCAAGGCGGAUAAGGAUGCUGUUAAGGUCCUAAAAGCCUCGGGAUUGUCGAUUCCGUAA